AUGGGAGUUUGGCUACGAACGGACAGCAGAUUCAGAGAUUUCAUCAGUGAAAGAUACCGUCAAGCUGUAGGUGAAGCCUUUUGGGAAGCUCCAACUUUGUAUGCAUUUUCGUAUAUUAUAAUCGUGCUUGGAUGCUGCAUGAUCGUUAUUUCGUUCCUUGGCUGUUGCGUUGGAAAUGGUGGAAAUCGCGCUGUGCUCAUAUGCUACGCUAUAGCACUGUUUCUUCUUCUUAUUGGAACACUGAGCUGCGGAAUAUAUCUUUUUUAUAAAAAGGAUGCGGUUGAUGUAGAACUCUCGGACGCCUUGAAUUACAUGGUGCAGCAUUACUAUCAAGGCGCAGGUGUUGUGCAAGAGUCUCUCGAUCACUUGCAAACCACAUUCCGCUGUUGUGGAAAUGCUGGAUGUGCCGAUUUUCGCGUUUUUCGGCAAGAUCCUCCACGCUCUUGUGAUAUCAGAUGUGACGGCUGCCACUACAGAAUUUGGGUCGCUCUCAGUAUAGGUCUCUCAGUGACACUGGUAGUUUUUUCGGCUGUCAUCGUGUGUAUCGUUCUUGCGUUGGUAUUUUCUCUCUAUAUUCUCUUCAGCCAACCAAAGCAAAUUCGUGUGGUCGAUGUUGUUCAUAGGAGAGUCGCGAAACCGACUUUGAGGAAGGAGGCGGUCCAGCGUCACAACUUAUCAUACGAUUUACGGAAACACUGA